AAAAUGGUAGAAUAUCACUAACGUGCGCUUCAGCCCCCACGCAAUAAAGCACAAACUUUUUCGUUCUCCCGCCAUCCCUUUUCUCCUCUCUUUAUUCACCAACGCUCCAAUUCUACUCUCUCUAAAGGACAAAGAGAAAUAAAAAUUGAAAAAUGGAAAUUCCAGUUAUUGAUCUGGCUCCAUACUUGGAAUCCUCAUUGAAAUUAUCAGAUUCUGAUGAAGAAGAGCUCGAUCCACAGGUGAAGUGUCUGUGCUCGGAGGUGAGCCGAACCCUAAGGGAGACGGGAGUAUUACUAGUCAAAGACCCGCGAUGCACAGCACAAGACAACGAUCUGUUCAUCGAUAUGAUGGAGAAAUACUUCGAAAUGCCUGAAGAUUUUAAACGCCUCCAAGAACGCCCUCAUCUCCAUUAUCAGGUUGGAGUGACACCUGAAGGAGUUGAAGUACCUCGUAGUCUAGUUGAUGAAGAAAUUCAAGAGAAGCUAAGAGCAAUGCCCCUAGAGUUCCAGUCAUCGGCUCUCACUGGACCAGAUCCUAAGUGGCGAUUCAUGUGGAGAGUUGGCCCACGACCAUCAAACACCCGUUUUAAGGAGCUUAAUUCGGAGCCUGUAAUACCUGAGGGAUUUCCUGAGUGGGAAGAUACCAUGAAUUCAUGGGGACAUAAGAUGAUAUCUGCAAUAGAGGCUGUUGCUGAAAUGGCAGCCAUUGGCUUUGGCCUGCAGAAGGCUGCAUUCACUUCUCUUAUGAAGCAGGGACCUCAUCUGCUUGCUCCAACAGGGAGUGACCUACGACGUCACGGCCAAGUAGGCACUGUGUUUGCUGGAUAUCACUAUGACCUCAACUUCCUUACAAUUCAUGGAAGAAGUAGAUUCCCAGGUCUAAAUAUUUGGCUAAGAAAUGGACAAAAAAUGGAAGUGAAGGUUCCCGUGGGAUGUCUCCUCAUUCAAACAGGAAAGCAGAUAGAGUGGUUGACUGGAGGAGACUGCAUAGCUGGCAUGCACGAGGUUGUUGUGACUAACCGGACGACUGAUGCAAUCAAACUAGCCUUGGAGCAAAACCGCAGCCUGUGGAGAGUGUCCUCAACGCUUUUUGCACACAUAGCAUCAGAUGCUGUGUUUAAACCUCUAGGCCACUUCGUGGAAUCCCCCCUUGCCCGCAAGUAUCCUCCCAUGCAUGCUGGAGACUUUGUCGAACAAGAGCUUUCUGUCAUUAAUCUCAAAGGCAGUAAAGGCGACCUUUGAUAACUUUUAACAACUUGAAUGCGGUUCAUUUAAUGUCAAUAACACUUGGAGAUUCAAAUAUUUGGUGGGCAGAUAGCAGGAAUGCUGGAUUUGAUCUAGUCAUUCAAUUUCUUAGUUUCCCUAAAUUGUUUAUAAGACACUGUAUGAAUUUGUGCUCAAUUAAUUUUACUCCAAGACAAUUGUUGUGAACAAUUUAUUAUUUUUGUUUCCAAUGUUGAAAUGCUGAUCCUAUCUUCUUACCUGAUUUGUGCGUAGUUUAUUCCAUUACAAUGCAAAACUGAUAAAUAACACUGCAUUCGCCUAGUCAGCAGGUCAAAAUGUAUAUUUUAGUCUCUAAUCUACAGGUGGUGUACAUAUUGACAGUAAGCUGCAAAUUGGAAUUUUCUCCAGAAAUCAUUGACCCUUUUGUAUAGGAGGGCCAUUUCAUGAAAUCUGGGUGUCGUAACUGCAUGGAAAGGUGCCAAAUUCAUGUCAACGCUGUAGAGCAGAGUUAGCUAGCUCUUACAGGAAAGCAAUGGACAGAUGAGUUGUGGCAGCAGUUACUUCUCAAUGCUUGUUCAGCUGAUACCUUGCAGGGCCUCAGUGAUUCCAUUGAUACACAUGCCUCCAACCGAGGCUUGCUGUGCUGCCAUUAAAGCUCUAGGUCAGCCUUGUCUCUGUGCACUUUUGAAUGGACCGACCAUUUCAGGGGUCGACCGGAAAAUGGCCGUUCAGCUUCCUGAUAAGUGCAUGGCCUACUUUGAACCAUGUCAAAUUACGAAGUAAACUGCAAAAAGCAUUGGAACAAGUUCAUGAAUAAGUGUGUGGAGGGCUACUAAUGAGCCUUAUGUAGUUUUCUUUAUCUAGUAAUCAUGUAACAGAUAAAUUUGUAUUAAAAACCAGAGUCAAAUCCCAGAAGCUUCGUGUUAAUUAAUGUGUGGAUUUUUCUAGUGUAUGUUGUUCUCUUUUCUUUCU